UGUCAGGAGUAGCGUGCCCAAAAAGAAGAAGACCAAGCAGCCACAGCAAGGUUCGACGACCGCCGGUAGUCCCGAAGCACGAAAGACAAAACCAAAAAAGCGCCAGGCGUCGCCCAACAAGGAGGCAAAUACUGGGUUCACGGAAGCGGUGCCGGCUGACACUGCAGCGCAAGCUAUGGAGUGCAUCUCAACUUCGGAUACAGCUUCACGAACCUGUUCCACGAACGAAACACAUACUCAGCAGCCGCAAGCCACGGGCCUUACCCCGCCUAAACCCGAAGAGAAGGGUCCACCAACGUUGGCUGAGGAGCGACAUACGAUCGACGUGACACCAACCCCUCCAGCACCUCCAAAUAUAUCAGAUGCAGCCGACUACGCUUCUGAUCCCACAUCAGAACACCAACAAGACGCUGUCUCAAAGAAGCUCAGCUUGCGGAAUCAACAAGAGGAUGUGUCUUGCACUGAAGAAACAGUAGAGCGGGAACCCGCCAAGCAGGGUCUUCCCGAGCCAGAUUUUGCUGAGAAGAUUCGUGCUUCUGAUCCACCGAUGGCACCCACGGUUCCUUUUGACCCUAAAGAUGGGGUCUUGGAUGAUGGGGUGGCAAACGAUGCGACCUCCCACUCUGCCGCACAGCCGCAAACUACUACAGAAGCAGAAGUGGAGUACAGGACUGAUACCGUUACUUCAGACCAAGGUAUCUCGAUCGCAGCUGAAAACACCUCAACCGCAAACAAAAAGGCCUCCACGCCUUCAGUCACCAGUAUCGAAAAACCAGCCUCGGAGACCAUCGUACUACUAGAAGACACCCCUGUGAAAGGUGUCUGCGAGCGGCCCACCUCGGAAACGAAGGCAACUAUCAUAUCGCCUGCUGAUCCGCAACUGUCUGAAAUUUCAAUGGCGUCGAAAAAUGACCUAUCCCCUCCUAAGACAGAUCCUGCCAUGGUUGAACUAUCGAAAAAGAGUGGAGCUCAACACACCGAGUCACUUCACCCCUUCUCUAAGCCAGCUAAGGCACUGGCAAAGAAGGAAAAGGAACAAAAGAAGAAAGCCCAGAAGAGAGAGAGGGAGCAAGCAGAAAAGGCCAAGGCUACCAGAAUUGCAGCGAGUAAGGCUACUCCAAGAACUGCAACAGCCGAGAACAAUGGUGCCAUCAAGACGAAAGACGGCCCCGAGUCGAGUACUGUCAGCGACAGCUCGAAACCUGCAGUGUACUAUGAAGCAGACGGAAAGGUUGCGCCUUCUUCGUCGGAUAAGGUACAAUCUGCGUCCGUAACAGGAGCCACCACAGCAAGUGCUUCGGCCCAGACGUCAACUUCUCCUGUAGUUGCUCACAAAGCAGUUGAUGACAACCGCGACAAGCCAGGGAAGCGCAAGGGGAAGAAAAAGAACGCCCCAGCCGCGCCAGCGGCGGACAAAACGAACGAAGACGAUGGUAAGCAACCCGGUGGCACCGUCAGCAUCCCCAACGAAUUCCCCUCAGUGACCAAUAAGGAUCUCAAAGCCAUCCCCCAAAAGGACGCUCAGGAUUUGGAUGCACAAUCGUCUGAGCAGUUACACGCCGAUGAAGCUCACUGUGCGACGAAAGAAUCUGUUCUAGGUGUACGAUUUGCCGAAGUUUCUACCCCAACUACGAAGAAGAAGAGCAAAACAAAGAAAAAAAAGAAGGCACCCACGUGGCCAGACCUGGAAUUUCGUCCCAAGUCGCCGAACCCGUCAUGGAUGGGCCCGAUUGACAUGGCAACGGAUGUACAGAACUACGAAGAAAUCAUGAACAGAGCGUGCGAUGGAGAAGAUGAUUCGGACUUCUCUUGGUCUGAUCUACCUCGGGUUGAGGACGAGAUGAGUUAUGAUGAGGGUGAUUUUGACGAAGGUGACGAUUGUGAAGAUAGUGGUCAAGACUUGGACGCAAUCAACAAGCGCAUAGCAGAACUUCAAAACCAGCGAGGUAAUACCCAAUCAAUAGCACCAUUGCAUCACCUAACGUUGACAGAUACAACCAAAGCCGGCCCGUCACACAGCGUGUCCAGCAAUUCUAGAACCGAGCAGAUCACCAACGCUCCUCAAACGGAUAUCGUAAAUCGGGCCAUAUCAGCCAUUGAAGCCAAGAUUGGCAAGUCUACAUACAUCUAGUAUUGUCAGAGAAUCUUUGCUCAUCAUUUACAGCGGUUACAACUGAAGAAUUCAAAGCAGCUGGCGCCGACCUUGCUGCAGCCGAGACACAACUAGCAUCAGCAGCGGAUACAGAAGCAAAUAUCGACACAGGAACGCCUAGCUCUCAGGCAGCAAAGAAGAAGAAGAAGAACCGCAAGAACAAAAAAAAGAAGAAAUCAGCUGAUGGUGCUGUUGAGACCACGUAUGCUGCUGAAACUGCCGAAGUCAAGGAAUCGACCUCGAAUAUGCCCGUGGAAGAUUUUCUCGACAGCAAUGAUGCUUUCUACGACCAACUGAAAGAGAUCGAGGACGCAAAGCGUGGAUCCCAUGGGUCU